CAGGCAUCGGGCCCCCAGGCGGGGCGACGGGCGGGGCCCCAGGCGGGCGGCGGGCCCCGGGCCCCCAGGCGGAACUACAGGCCUCGGGCCCAGGCGGACGGCGGGCACCGGACCCCCCGGGUGGAGCGACAGGUCUCCUGCCCUCAGGCGGAGCGGGCGGGCGCCGGACCCCCAGGCGGGAGCGACGGGGUCUCGGGCCCCAGGCGGAGCGACAGGCCUCGGGCCCCCCAGGCGGAGCGGCGGGCGCGCGGACCCCCAGGCGGAGCGGCGGGCGCCGGACCCCCAGGUGGAGCGACAGGUCUCGGGCCCCCAGGCGGAGCAGCGGGCACCGAGUCACCAGGCACGACAGUGGGCUCCGAGUCAACUGGCAUGACCGCUGCACUAGGUCAGACAUUGGAGUCUGGCUGGACAGCGGGCAUCGGGGCCACCAGGCAUCAGGUCAUUUGGCUCGACCGCGGGCACCGCGUCAUCUGGCAAGGCAGUGGGCUCCGAGUCAACUGGUAUGACCGCGGGCACUGGGUCAGACAUUGGAUCAUCUGACUGGACAGCGGGCAUCGGGUCACCAGGCAUCAAGUCAUUUGGCUUGACAGCGAGCACCGCGUCAACAGGCACGACAGUGGGCACCGGGUCAGGUACCGGAUCAUCUGGAUCAACAGCGGGCAUCGAGUCAACUGGCCUAAUAGGAUCGUCAGGCUGGAUCAG